UAUACGAAAAUUGUUCAUUAGUUCACAGUUAUCUAUUUAUCAUCGAGUGAUAUAUUUCAGCAUAUAGUUCGAGGUAGUGAUUUAACUAAACCAUAUUAAAAUAUCUUUCAACAUUUUAAAAUCAGUCUUCAAUUCAUCAACAAUCUUUCUUUUCGUGUUGGAGGUAAAAUCCAAAUACUGUCCGUAGUUUUUGUUUACUUCGCUAAAAAUAUUACAAUGUCAAAUCGUGGUAAGCAAUAGGUACAAUGCACCUAUGGUUUGUUCCAGGAUCAAUAGGACCUAUGUCGUCAAUAAUUACUUGCCUGACUUUAUUAUCCGUGAUAUACAUUGCCCACGUUCAGGCUAACCAGCAAGAUGACUCGUCAGAUGUCGAUUCAGAUAUAUUCUCAUCAUCGGAAAAAAAACAAUUAGUUGGAUUUGAAAAAAAAAGCUUUCAAAGACGGCGUUACAAGAAAGCCCUCAGACAACUCAAAAAAAACGAAGCAACCUCGUUGCAGUUCUUUUCUGAUUUUGGUUGCGCUGUGUAUCAUGGCAAACGUGUGAUGGAACUAGAUUACACAGCUGCAGAAUCAUAUCUGAAGUUAUACUACAUACGUGCAAUCCCUCAAGACUUGCCAGAAGAUUAUCAGCGUUUAAAUGAGACCUGUGAUGAAUGGUUGGACGUAGUAUUUCACCGAAAAAACCCAAAAAAUAAAGAACCACCACGACAAAAAAUUAAAUCCUCAUACCUAGUAUGGUAUACUGCUUUGAGUGCUUCGUCUUCGAAACCCAGUGGCAAUCCACAUGGUUAUUUCUUAAACUUGAUUUGCACUAAAUUACAAAAAAUCAGAUCCAUGAAACCAACCGUAUAUGAAACGGACGAUGUGAUAUACCGCCGUUUUUCUGCGUCAAUGGCCAGGUCUCACCAAAUUUUCGCCGGUCUACACGGUGAUUUACUCGCAGAUAUGUCACAAAUGGGAGAAGUAAAUCCGGAUAUGUUAUUCGAUGAAGUAUUGUUUAAACUGAUCCCAAAAUGGAACAUGACGGCUGAGGACAUUGCGUUUUACAAUGUUCUUAUAAAUGCACAUCUCAAUCGACCCGUUAAUGCAACAACUUUAAUUGAAACAAAUUUUUUUGAAAGAGGAACGGAUGACUGGGUAUGUGUUCCUACUGAGCAUUCAAAACACUGCAUGGUAUUACGUAAGCGAACACCUCCAGCGCGUUACUCCUAUCUGCCUACUAAUAUACCUAUACCAUAGCAACUGAGUACCUAAAAAUUAAAAUCUCGAUAUGCUUUUAUUCAGUAAAUUAAUUAAAUUUAAGCUUUCUAUGUACUAUAUAAAAUCAUGAAAUUUCUCACAAAAUUUCUAAUAUUCUUAUAAGCUGAUGAAAAGGUGGUAAUUUACAAAUUUUGUGAUAAGCUAUAUUAUUUGUAAUUAUGUCUUUUAAAAAAUUUUUUACCGAAUUUAA